AUGCCAACUAUUGCAGUCCAAACUGCCAAUGGCGAGGUCGAUCAAGAAGUACAUGCGAUCGAUCGCUUAAACAGCCCACCACAACGUACACGCCAUAUUGUCGGAUCCAAUAAUGUCGACGGCUGCCCCAUUUGUUGCGAACGACCAGGAUUCCCACUCGUACCACCUCUCAAUUUUGCCAUGGUCGCGCCAGGUGUGUACCGUUCUGGUCAUCCGAACCGACAAAACUUCUCCUUUCUACGAAAACUAGGACUUCGAACAAUUAUGUACUUUGCUAUGGAGGACUAUCCACCCGAAAUGCAACACUUUAUUGAACACGAAGGAAUUGAGAUUAUUCAUUAUCGAAUGGAAGGAAACAAGGAGCCAUUUCAUCGGAUCGGUUGCCUCGUAGGAUGUCUUCGCAAAAUUCAGCGCUGGUCAAUGACAUCUAUAUUCGACGAAUAUCGCAAGUUUGCAGAUACCAAGGUCCUGGCUGAUCAAGAGUUUAUUGAAACAUUUGAUCAUGAAAAAGUCCACUAUGAUCCGAGAUACCAGCCAGAGUGGCUUUAA